AUGGAGGGAAGCAGAUCAGAAACUUCUGCAGCUGAAGAGACUGAGGAAAUAGUUUAUACGUCUGUCAGAUUCUCUCAGACUCCUCUGCCUAGGACCAGUGCUGCACGGGAAAAAAGAGCUCCCUGUCUGUGGCCAGAAGUUGUGCCAGGCUUGGCUAUUGGCUUUGGGAUACUAAGCAUCUCCCUAGCGAUUGCUUUGAUAUGGAAGAUAAGUAACUCCCAGCCACGCUGCCCUGACCAGUGGGUUGCCUACAGAGGGAGCUGCUACUCCUUCUCCAAGCAGAAGAAGGACUGGCAUUCCAGCCGGCAGUCCUGCCGGGCACAGGGAGCUCAUCUCCUGGUGAUCAGUGAUAUUUGGGAAAUGGAGCUGUUCAAGAGUAUUCAAACAGAAUGUUUCUGGAUUGGACUGAGGAACACCACAGGCUCUGGAUGGAUUUGGGAAGAUGGUUCUAUAUUCAAUGGCACCAACAUCCUCUCUAACAGCCCCGUGCAACAUUGUGUUGUCCUGAUGAAAGAUCACUUCUGGGCCUCCAGCUGUGAAUUUGCUGCUCCAUGGAUCUGUGAGAAAUCUCUUAGAUAA